AUGGCAGUAUAUCAACAAAGUAACUAUGGUAUUCGCGAAACAGGCACAACAACUAGUGUUCCAAACAAUGAUAUAGCAAGAUGUAUGUAUUAUUUAAAAUGUGUUUGUUCGGUUAUUGACUGUAAUGAUGCAAAUAUUCUUCGUUAUACAAAUUAUAAUAAUUAUUGGAUACUAUCAGAUAGUGAAGAUGAAAUUGUUUAUAAACUUUGUUUAACAUUAAGUCCAGAUGAAUUUGAAGAUAAAGUCUUUUUUGAAAGUGACGCUAUGUGUGGUUCAUCAGGAAAUAACUUUUUUGAGAUUAGUCAAGUACAAAAUCGUCUUGGUGUUGUUGGAUCAAUUCUUAUUGCUGGUCGAACCCGUCGAGUUACAAGUAUAAUGACAUACAAAAUGUCAUGGAUGCGAACAAACUAUUUCGGUCCAAUGAGUCGUUUGGCUGAUCGAUUCAAUCCAGAACGACGAUUAAUACGUGCUUUACAAGAAACUGAUUGUACAAUUUCAUAA